UGAUGGUGCUUCCGUGAUGGUUGGCAAACGCUCUGGUGUUGCUGCAAGACUGAAACAGGUCAAUCCUCUACUGUUAAAUGUACAUUGUGUUUGCCACCGUCUUGCCCUUGCAUGCACAGAUACCAAUCAUACCUUGAAAUACAUCAGCAAUGUAGAGCUAUUGCUUAGGCAGUUAUGGCAGUACUUUCAGAACUCGCCAAAAAGAAUGGCAGCAUAUUUGAAAAUUCAAACCCAGCUGAAAUCUGUACGGCUUGAGGGCAAAGCUGUAAAGGGUGUAACCAAACGCCUGAAAAAAGCAUGCCACACACGAUGGUUGAGUUUUGAAGCUUCGGUAAAAGCUGUUCAUGAAGACUACGAGGCAGUUCUCCAAACGCUUGCGCAUUUCCAAGAGAGUGAUGCAAUAGCCUCAGGUUUGCUGACGAAGAUGAAAAAGCUCAAAUUUAUUGGCGUCAUCUACAUUCUUAGAGACAUUCUUCCCAUCCUUGGUGAUCUGUCCCGUCGAUUCCAAAAGGGAUAUUUGAGUUUUGCAGCCAUUGUACCCGCUAUAAAUAUGACAAAAGAUAGGCUACAUAAUCUCGUUGCUGAUGCCAAACCAAUGGAAAGUCUUAGUCGGGACAUUGAAUCAUUCACUGACAUGUGUGCUUUGGUUGAGAACAUUGACAACAGGUUUACAGAUAGCUCACCAGUCUUGGAAGCAUUCAAUGUUUUUGAUCCAAUGCUGGUGCCUGAUUCUGGUGUUGAGAUGAGGAGUUAUGGUCACGGUCAAAUUGAAGUGCUGUCUAAUCAUUACUUCAAGGAAAAUCCUGAUAAAUCAGACAGACUGAAAGCAGAGUGGGAAGGAAUGAAAUAUCAUUUGAGAGAUGUCAUCAAACCUAGCAUGCCUGAUUCUGUUAAAUCAGGCAAAGAACAAACAGAAACUACUACUGAAUGGUGUCUUCUACAACUGCUAAAGAAUAUUGCAGUGAGGCAACUGUAUCCCAAUGUAAUCUACAUUGCAGAAGUGAUAGCCUCACUCCCAGUUUCUAAUGCAUGGCCUGAGAGAGGUGCUAGUACACUGAAGGCUUUGAAAACAAGGCUGCGUAACAGACUGAGUACAUCCAUGUUAGAGUCUUUGCUUCACAUUUGCAUAAAUGCUCCUAAGCCAUCAUCCCUGGAAGGUCAGCAGCUAGUGAAGGCAGCUGUAAAUGCAUGGUUAGAGAACAGAAACAGGCGUAAACUUCCAAAACAGUCUGGAUCAGCAACAGUCACAGCUGCUAGUGCUACAAGUGUCAUAGAUGUUGAGGAUGCUGGAGUCCAGACAGAUCCAUAUAUGGAUGUUAGUGAAGAUGUCAUCAGGACAGCAGUUGACAUUGCUUUAAAAAAGCUUAGCCUUGACGAGUAUGAUGCUGGCGACUCAGAUUCAGACUGGUCAGAUGACGAAGAUUGUUGUUCCAAAAAUUUGUGACUGUGCAGUUUGGUAAUACUUCAAGUUCUUAAACAAAUAAUAAUCAAAAACUGAGUUUUAAAGUAAAGUUCACAGGUACAGUAGUUAUUAAGUGUUGUUACUUGUACCCGAAAUCGCUCUAGUGCCAGAAGUGCAUAUCAUUAUUUUCAAAAUUUUCCAAGAGAUGGCAUGCUUCUCCCUGCAAAGUCAUGACAUCUUGGGUUUUUUUCUUCAGUAUAACAAACCCAGAAAACUAAGUAAAAAGUAGUAAAAUUUAGAGACCAAAUUCGGACGAUUAAUGGGCCCACAACUGCUCAAAUGCCACGAUUUGGCACCGUUUUUUUGAAAAAUUUCCGGGGGGGCAUGCCCCCGGACCCCCCUAGCAAACUCGCGUCUUCGACGCU